AUGUUCCCAACUUGUGCUCCCAAUAAUAAUCUGUGCCUGGUGUUCGUCAUGUGUAUGACUAUGCAGACGCUCGGUUCGCUCCGUUUGGCAGGUCACGUAAAUAGUGAUGAUGACUUUAAUAUAGGGCAUGACAAGAAUAAAUCAAAGUAUAUGACUUGGAUUCGGAAGAUGAAAUUGGUUAACGAAGAGUUUGUUCUGAUGCAAAAUCUGCGGCUAAUCGGUCUCCUCAGGAUCUUGGUUUCCAAUGACCUAGUGACAGCUGUGUCUAUUGGAUGA